UCCAAUCCUGUUCUUCUCCGCGCAGCUCAGUUUCUAUUCCUUCACGUAGGAUCAAUAACAUCAGCACCAAUAGGAGCCCCAUGCAUGUCGAAUUGAUUCUUGGCACUCAACCCACGCUUCAUUCCUAGCAGUAUCCUGCAGUAAAUCCCCGUAUUGUCACAAACCCUUAGCGAAUAAGCUUGUGGUGACAGCUUAAGAUAUUCCUUUGCUCGAAGUCAUAAGACGGGGCAUGCACCUUGCUCACUAAGGCUGUGCGGUCUCCAGGCUUGUCACCUACAUCUUAGUUAACCUAAGGCAAAGGCCUGGCUCAGUCGCGGCACUUAGAUUGCCCUGUGCAAACGGACCUAAGCAGACGGACCUGCAACGCCUCAGCCGGGCCAGCCUCCCGUUCCUGCCAUGAAAUCGCCAGCUAGCGAGGGAAAGCGAGUAACGAACGAUGUUACAGUUCAGCAGUUCAACCAAACAAGCACGAACAUCGGCGGCACUGCAGAAGGCCUCCGGAGGUCGUUGAGGGAGCUCGAGGCGGACCUGAAGAAGGACGAGGAGGGCAAGAAAGAGUACGAGACCUACCUGAAGCGCCUCGAGGUGCAGCGAGCCGACCUGCAGAAGAAGGUGGACGAGCAUAAGGCCUGGCUGGAGGCGGCUGACGCCAAGGGCGCGGAGAGCUCGGAGCAGCAGUACAUGCGGCUCUUGGAGCAGAUCCAGCACAUCUACGAGGGAGCAAAGGAAUUCCACGGCAAGGGAAUAGAUCUGUUGAUUAAAGAGUUCGGCUACCACAUCGCGUAUAAGCGCUGGAACGACACCUUCACCGCCAUCCCUUUUAAACCCAAAUGAGGCCGCAGCGCUGCUACAUAAUUACUGUACGGCAGAGGCCAUGCUGUCUAGCCGCGAGGAGGCGGUGGUGGGAAGGCUUCCGCUCUAGCAUACAGUUGAACUACUUCUCGGAUAUGUAACGGCGUCAGGAUUGUUUUAGAUAGCCAUUAGCAUGUAUAGAAUGAUUUGGGUCGGAACUUAUAGCUAGACACGGUAGCCGCUAAUUCCUGUCAUACAGGUACGGCUUGGCCCCUGUGUCAUCGGGGCAUGCCCUUGAAUGAUUUGUGAAGAUGCGUGUAUGAAGGAUUUGGAGAGCCGGAGCUGCAUACCGUACUUAUGGUAGUCUUGUGUAGCGCUGUACGUAUUCCUACUUGUACCCUAGCUGUACAUGUCUAAUGUCAUGGGCAUACGCUGGCUUUCCUGAUGAUAGUGGUUUGCCGGGUAGGCAAACGCUUCAAGCUGUCGGCAACAAUCAAGGCAACUUAUCAUGGACAGUCCUUUGACCCCUCCGCGCGAACCUCACGCUUCACCCCAUGCGGGUUGACGGUUGCAAGCACCUUCACAAUCCCCUAGGCCGUACCACUCGCCCAAGACAUGGUUAACAACACGUAUGAAUGU